CGUCAGCGAUACUUCCCUUCCAUAAAACAUCAUAACUAAAACCUUUAAAUCCAAAAUAAAAAAAAAAACACGAAUAUGACAGAAACAACACAAAAAGCCGACCUCCCAGCUUCGGUCUCAACGACAUCAGGAGUGAAAGGACUCGUUGACGCCAAAAUAACACAAGUCCCCCGGAGCUUCCACUACCCUUCUUCUACUGUCUCCAACAAUACACCUUCUGAUAUCUCCGGCUUAAACCUCACCGUCCCUAUCAUCGACCUUGGAGAAAUCAACAACACAUCAACAAGAAACGCCGUCGUUUCAAAGAUCAAAGACGCAGCCGAGAAUUGGGGUUUUUUCCAAGUGAUAAACCAUGGCGUUCCUUUAAAUCUUCUUGAAGAUAUUAAACAAGCAGUUCAAAGAUUUCACGAGGAAGAUCCUGAGGUCAAGAAAAGGUACUUCUCCACUGACUCGAACAAGAAGACGUUUGUUUACAGUAACAGCUUUGAAGAUACUUAUAAAUCUGCAACUCCUUUGAACUGGAGAGACUCUUUCACUUGUUACCUCGCUCCACAUCCUCCUAACCCAAAGGAGAUCCCAGUAGUUUGCAGGGAUGCUGUGAUGGAUUACUCGAAGCAUGUAAUGGAAUUAGGCACGUUACUGCUCCAACUUCUCUCAGAAGCUUUAGGUUUAGACUCUGAGAUGCUUAAGAGGAUGGAUUGUCUCAAGGGCUUGUUUAUGCUCUGCCAUUACUACCCACCUUGUCCACAACCUGACCUGACUUUGGGGAUAAAUAAACAUACCGAUAACUCUUUUAUUACGAUUCUUCUUCAAGACCAGAUCGGUGGUCUCCAAGUUCUUCACAAAGAUUAUUGGGUCGAUGUUACUCCUCUUCAUGGAGCUCUUGUCGUCAACAUGGGUGAUUUCAUGCAGGUCAUAACGAAUGAUAAGUUCUCGAGCGUGGAACAUAGGGUACGUGCGAACAUAGAUGGACCGAGGAUUUCAGUUGCGUGCUUCUUUAGCUCGAGUCUGUUUCCAAAUCCCACGGUUUAUGGACCCAUCAAAGAGCUUCUAUCUGAUGAAAACCCUGCAAAGUACAGAGAUAUCACCAUACCAGAGUAUACUGUAGGUUUCCUUGCUAGCGGCUUCGAUGGGAAAUCACAUUUGUCUAAAUAUAGGGUUUGAAAAAGAGAAAGACUUGUCCUGUUGAUGUAAAUAUGUUUGUGUGUACUUUUGCACUUGAUUUGUCUAUUUAGUUCUACAUGAUAUGUUAUGUGUUUGCAGUGGGUUGAUAGAACUUCACAGCUAAUGCGGGUGUACAUUUGUGUUUUUGUUUUAUAAAAUUAGCUUUAAUGAGUUAAGGUUUGUGUGUUUCAG